ACAGAGAAACUAGUUACUUAGCAGCUGCGACACCAAGCGCUGUGGAGACUAUAUUUAAACGACUCUAUUGCAUUUCCACGGCAUUUUGGCAGAUGAACAAUACGAUUAAUAUAUAUUUAACCAGUAGCGAGGCACUCCUCCCAAACGAGCUGAGACAAUGAACUGGGGCUUUCUCCAAGGUAUCCUGAGCGGAGUGAACAAGUACUCCACGGUGAUCGGGAGGAUCUGGCUGUCCGUGGUCUUCAUAUUCCGCAUCCUGAUCUACGUGGCCGCGGCGGAGCAUGUGUGGAAGGACGAGCAGAAGGACUUUGUGUGCAACAUCAAACAGCCGGGCUGCGAGAACGUGUGCUUUGACUACUACUUUCCCAUCUCCCAAAUCAGGCUGUGGGCCUUGCAGCUCAUCAUGGUUUCCACCCCGUCUCUUUUGGUUGUGCUUCACGUGGCGUACCGUCAACACAGGGAGCACACGCACAGGAAGAAGCUGUAUGUGGAUACAGGGACGAUGGAUGGGGGUCUUUGGUGUACCUAUCUCAUCAGCCUCCUGUUCAAGACGUUCUUUGAGGUGGGCUCCCUGCUGGCAUUUUACUAUCUCUACAGUGGCUUUACUGUGCCUCAGCUAUUCCAGUGUACAAUGAGCCCAUGCCCCAACACAGUCGACUGCUACAUUUCCCGGGCAACCGAGAAAAAGAUCUUCCUUUACAUCAUGGGCUCCACUUCCAUCUUGUGCAUCGCGCUGAAUGUGUGUGAGAUGGUCUACCUUCUACUCCAGCAGUGCUGGAAAUGUUAUUUUAAGAGGUACGUCCCGGUCAUGGAGGAACACCAGUGCCACUGUGCAAAGCCAAGGCCUUUAAACAGCACUGCAGCUGCAAUCCCUGUGCCCCUGAAGGUAGACUCCACAAACUCAAGCUUUCACACAAUUUAGUCUUAAUGGGUUUGCAUCUUCUAAAAUAGGUGAAGUUCAAAUUGUAAUCUGCAAUUUAAUUUCCUCUAUGCUAAUCUCGAAAUUAUACAACAGUGGAAACUCCCGAUAUUGAAACACUUUUUCAUGCAUUUAAAGUACUUUUCUUCUGUUACCAGUAAACACAGGGCAGCAUUAACCUGCAGUACCAGGAUAUGUUUAGAUAGUUUUUCUCAUUUAGGGCUUCAAUUAUACAUUUAUUUUCUUGGAAUGGCAUGAUUUCCUGACAGCUAUAUACAUAUUGUAUACUGUAAUAGUAGUCUUGUCUGACUAACCUCCAAGACUUCUUUGAAGAAGCUACAAACCGAGCAUUUGCCAACAUAUAUCUGGACUUCGAAAAGAGAAAGCUUACAAACCAGUGGGAAUCCAAGGUAAUACAUGCAUUUCUAUCUGCAGCUUCCUGAACUAGGGGGUAAAAAUGCAGGUUGCAGGAUGUAAUCAACACAUUUAAAGAAAAAAGGUGUAAACUAGGUAGGAUUCUUCAAGAAACUGGGUUUGUUCUAAAAACGCACACAUACGUACUGAACAUACAAAUACAUUUUAAAGUAAAAUAUGUAUAUAUGUGUGUUAUAUUUAUUUGAUUGGGUUAUAUAACUGUGGAUAGAUAGUGAGGAGCUGCCUGCCUUCCCUUCAGUCAGAUACAACAACAGAGACAAUAAAUAAAAAUAAACACUUAGACAAAAAGGAAAUGGCAUGUCAGUAGUGUAGUUUCAUAAUGUGUAACCGACUGUUUAAAUACUCCAUCUAAAUCUUCCCUAGUCUUUUUUAAUGCAGGGCUUAAAAUCUGUUCUGUUUCCAAUGCCAUAGAGGGUGUAAGACAAGCAAGAAACCUUCUGAACAGAUCUCAGGGGGUAUGGUACAGUAAUAGACUUUUAAUUUUACUAUAUGACUAAUAUGAUCAUUUUUCAACGGUAUUCGAUGCAAGCGUUAAAUUAUCAGAAAGCACACCUGCUUUCAGAUCUUCAACCUCAUCUCUAGAUUCCUAUUGCUCCAAAAGGACACCCACCAACCAUUUAAGGAAGUAAAGCAUUAGAUCCAAGAGCAAAAAGUUUAAUCCAAAUCUGAAAUCAGUACAGAAAAUAGGAUCAUUAUAUACAGUAUGGUUUUAAAAUCCACUUUGAAAUACCUGGAAAGGUAUUUUGGUAUUUUUACUUGGGGGCCACAGUAUACCAAGUGACAUCAAAAUCAAUGGAACGGUAAGGCCAGCUGCCAGCUCCAAACUCCAAACAGGCACAAUCAAUAUUUGUUUAAAUAAAACACGCUAUGAUUACCUAGCCAUUAAUAGAUGUUGCAGAUUUGAAUGGAGCUUCCAUUACUAGACUACUAUACUGGGGCCUGUUUCAUAAAAGUCCUGCGAUUACGAUGUGCUUGCGAGGAUGCAGAGGUCAUCGCUGAGUGCGUUUCAUAAAGCACUUCAAGCACCAUCGCUUCCACUAACUCUUUAGCGAUCUAUGCUCAAAACAAUCACUAACUCGGUAAUCAAUUUUAAAGCCCAGUGAACGAUUAGGCCAUUAAAACAAUGGCAAGGGUGCAAAGGAAAACCAUUUUUUCCCCCAAAGAAAUUGAUACAAUAAAAGAAAUGGUUGGCUAACACAAAUUUGUUUUAAGUUGUCUGGAAGUUUAACUAAGGAAGAGAAGAAGAAAAAAAAAGUAGCAGAUAAUCACAGAUGCAGUAUAUGCUCUAUGGGUGCAGUAGAGAACGGUACUUGAAAUAAGAAAAAAAUUGAUAGAUCUAGCAAGUAGAACAAAAUUAAAAGACGAAAAAGUGGUCUAAAUACAUUUGGUGAAGUAGCUAUUGCUGGUAUUGAGAGAGGAUUGGAAAAAGCAGAUAGCGAAGCUCAUCCAGCUGAUUUAAGAACUACAAAACACUCCAUUGUAAAUGAGAACAGUCCUAAAAGAAACAACCAGAAAUCCUUGAUUAAGACUUCUUUAAAUAUUGUUUUUCACUAUUUUCUGUUAGUAUUGCCCGAGGUGGGUUGAAGGGAACAAUUCGGGUUCAGGGCUGAAAAUAAAAAGUUUCAGGUUGUUAUCACUGGCUCCUUAGAAACAAACUCAAGAGAGACACAUUUUAAAAUGGUCACUAGGUGGUGUUACAGUAAUGAAGUCAUCUAGGUUGUGCCAUAAAAAUACAUUUUGUUUCAAUCUGCAUACAUUAUGGAACAACAUUAUUUAAUGGUGUGAAGUUACAAGGGAACUAUUGUUUUCAGUGACGGCAUUACACAUUGCAACUCACAAUUCCCACGAGAGCAUCUUUAACUGCAGAAAACAGCCCUCCUGCGGCAAUCCAUCAAAACCAAGCAAAACCCUUUCUUCGAAAAACAGGAUGAUGCGUAGUGCGCAUUCCAAUGUUUAAAGAAAAGUCCUAUUAUAGAGGAGAAUAUUUCAUAUUAGUUAACUGUCAUUUUGGAAUAGUUUCUGCUUUCUGUUGUCUAUAAAUACUAUGCUUAUGCUACUAUAAGAAAGUUGACCUGGGAUUAUUAGGGGCAAGGAGACUUCUCACUGUUUCUGGUUCGUGUUUGAGCACUGUGAAGUUGAGAGAAACUACAUUUAUUUUUUCUGUCAAAAUGGAAAAAAAUAAAUAAAUACAAAACAUAUGUUCCCAUUUUUUCUUGGAAUAUAAUAAUUGGUUUGUUUGAUGCAACAAUUGUUUACUCAACCUGGCUAAUUUAAAUGUCAGAACAAACUGUAAAGCAGC